CCGGCAGAGGCCAGCACAAGGCCACUACUUCGUGGCGAUCCCCAUUUAAUUGCAAGGCAACAAAAAGAACUGGUCGUAAAUAUAAUAACACGGGGUCCCGAAAAGGCAAGUUAACGGCGGACGAGGACGACGACAAAGGGCGGCAAUGGCCUCCUCCUCCACCACUCGGUGUAGAUAAAAAGCCACCGUCUCCUCCUCCCUCCUCCGUUCCGUUCCGUUCCGUUCCCUCCGUCGUCGUCUCUCUCUCUCUCUCUCUCUCCGUCGGGCGUUCGGUCGGUCCCCGAGCUUCGGCUAUUUCGUUGUUUCUCUUCGAGGCGGGCGCCGGCGGGAGGUCAUGGAGGAUGGGGACGCGAAAUCGCCGCUGCUGUCGUCGAGCGGGGGGCGGAGGAGCGGGAGAUCGCUCCGCCGCAGGAACUCCGUCAACACUCUCAGGACGGAGUUCGUGGCGAAGCUGCCGCUGAAGAUCCGCUCCGGCCUCGACGUCGAGACCGACCCGCACGACAUCGAUCUCUCCAAGACCGAAGGCCUGAGCAAAGCGGAGAAGGAGUACUAUGAAAAGCAACUCGAGACCUUGAAGUCCUUCGAAGAGGUGGACGCUUUGGUGAGCAAUGGUGAAGAAGAUGAGGAGGAUACGGAGGAACAAGCGCAGCAUGAAAGAGCGAUGAAGAUAUCAAACUAUGCCAAUAUUGUGCUGCUGGCGUUUAAGGUAUAUGCAACAGUUAUGACUGGAUCAAUAGCUAUUGCAGCAUCUACAUUGGAUUCUCUACUUGAUCUCAUGGCUGGUGGCAUACUUUGGUUCACACACCUGUCGAUGAAGAAGAUAAACAUCUACAAAUAUCCCAUUGGAAAAGUGAGGGUGCAACCGGUAGGAAUAAUCGUCUUUGCAGCUAUCAUGGCUACCCUAGGCUUUCAGGUACUGGUCCAAGCUGUAGAACAGUUAGUCGAAGAUGAAGCUACCGCAAAGAUGGAUACAAGCCAAUUGAUAUGGCUAUACUCAAUCAUGUUAACUGCUACUGUUGUAAAACUUGCUCUCUGGCUUUACUGUAGAAGCUCACCAAAUGACAUUGUCCGUGCCUAUGCGAAGGAUCACUACUUCGAUGUGGUAACAAAUGUAGUAGGUCUCGCCGCAGCAGUCCUUGGUGAUGAAUUCUACUGGUGGAUUGACCCUGCUGGCGCUAUUUUGCUUGCACUUUACACCAUUACCAAUUGGUCUGGAACAGUCAUGGAAAAUGCAGUUUCGCUCGUAGGACAAACGGCGUCUCCAGAAGUCUUGCAGAAACUAACUUACUUGGUGAUAAGACAUCCUCAGGUCAAGCGGAUCGACACUGUCCGUGCUUACACCUUUGGCGUGCUUUAUUUUGUGGAGGUCGAUAUUGAACUUCCGGAGGAACUGCCUCUGAAGGAAGCCCACGAGAUAGGGGAGACCCUCCAGAUAAAGCUCGAGAAGCUGCCGGAAGUCGAGCGGGCGUUCGUUCAUCUCGACUAUGAAUGUGAACAUAAGCCAGAGCACAAUGUUGUGAGCCGGCUUCCGAACAACUAGGUCCUGAUACUCAUUAUAUGCUCCCGAAUCUGGGCGGUGAGAACAUCGCCGUUGCAAAUGGAAGAGGAGAAUUUCUUCCCCAAGUAGGAAGUACUCGUCGGACAAUUCGUUUGCUUGGGGGGUACUGGAAAUUUUGUUGAAACAGAAGGCGGGAUGUUGAAUCCUGCAACCGAGUCUUUUCCCCGGUAUCACAAUUUUACCGUUUCAUUUUUUGAGACGCCGGUUUUCUUUUUUUCCUAUUGUUAAUGAAUUUCUGCAAGGUUUGAUUAAUGUUAAAAGCAGUUAUUGAGGAAAA